AUGCGCUGCUGUGCGCUGCUGUGCCAUGCUGCUGCUGCCGCUGCUGCUGUGCGCUGCUGUGCGCUGCUGCUGCUAUGCUGCUGCUGUGCGCUGCUGCGCUGUGCGCUGCUGUGCGCUGCUGUGCGCUGCUGUCGCGCUGCUAUGCUGCUGCUAUGCGCUGCUGUGCGCUGCUGUGCUGCUGCUGUCACGCUGCUGUGCUGCUGCUGUGCGCUGCUGUGCGCUGCUGUGCGCUGCUGUGCAGCUGCUGUGCGCUGCUGCUGUCGCUGCUGUGCUGCUGCUGUGACGCUAUGCUGCUAUGCGCUGCUGCUGCUGCUGCUGUACGCUGCUGCUGUACGCUGCUGCUGCUGCGCUGCUGUGCGCUGCUGUGCACUGCUAUGUGCGCUGCUGUGCGCGCUGCUGCGCUGUCGCACCGCUGUGCUGCUGUAG